CUGCACAUAUAUCCUCCCUCCUUGCAGGCCAGGAUGGCUACUCUUAUCUAGCCAGGGAGGCCAGAGCAGUGCCGGAGACUCCUGUCCAGGUGAUGGUGGGACUGGGAUAGAGGAGCUGCUGUGAGGAUGUCUGAAGUCAAGACUGUGAGCUCCUCUUGCCUCGUGCUUUCCUUGCUCUCCUUGCACUGGGCUUCGUUCCAGCUGGGCCAGGCUUUUCCCAGCACCUCCGACUACCUCCAGCGGGGCUGGCAGCGGCUGCUGGAGGAAGGGGAGGGCUGCACCGAGUGCCGGCCGGAGGAGUGCCCGACACCACGUGGGUGCCUGGCUGGCACGGUGCGGGAUGCUUGCGACUGCUGCUGGGAGUGUGCCAACCUGGAGGGACAGAUCUGUGACCUGGACAACACCAACCACUUCUAUGGCAAGUGUGGGGAGCACCUGGAGUGCCGGCUGGAUGCUGGCGACCUGCGGCAUGGAGAGGUGCCUGAGCCCCAGUGCGUCUGCCUCUCCCGCCUGGCCCUCUGUGGCUCUGAUGGCAAAACCUACACCCAGAUCUGCAGGUUCCUGGAGGCUGCCCGUGCCCGCCCUGAUGCCAACCUCACCAUGGCCCAUGAGGGUCCCUGCGAGUCAGAGCCCCAGAUCACCUCUCCUCCCUAUGACACAUGGAACAUCACUGGGCAGGAUGUCGUCUUCGGUUGUGAAGUCUUCGCCUACCCCAUGGCAUCUAUUGAGUGGAGGAAGGAUGGUAUGGAGAUGCUGCUGCCUGGAGAUGACCCCCAUAUCUCUGUCCAGUUCAGAGGUGGCCCCCAGAAAUACGAAGUGACGGGCUGGCUCCAGAUCCAGGGUGUGCGGGUGACAGACGAAGGCACCUAUCGCUGCUUUGCCAGGAACAGUGUUGGGGAGGUGGUGGCAUUAGCCAGCCUGACUGUCUUCACACCGGAUCAGCUCAACUUGACGGGCUUUUCCCUGCCAAAGCCCCGUACAACACCUGAGGACUACGUGGAGAGCGAGGAGGACUAUUACUAGCCUGGAGAUAGGAUGUCCAGCUGCAGAGAUCACCUUGCCCACAGUGGCUGUUCCCGGGGUUCAGGGACAUCUCCGGAGCAGGCACCCCCCAGCCCAGAACUCCUUCUCUGAACAGUCCUGGCACAGCAGCAUCUUCUUCAGGGUGUGGGGGACAGGAUGACACAUCCCUUUUCUGGGGGUGCUUGGGGAGGGGACAUCAACUGGUGGCACAGGGCUGGGACUGGGGGUGGCUCCGCCUGGGGCAGGGUGGGUCUGUGCUCCAGCACCGAGUGGGGAUGGGGUGGCAGGUGGGACACUGGGGACAGCCACACUGGACUGGUGCUGGGGGUGGAGGCAGCUCCCCUCUGGGAGAGAGAGGCUAGGGCAGGGGCAUCUCUGCCCUGUGUGAAGCAUUUUGGGGAAGCCAGAGUAGAGGGCUCAGACCUGGUUGUGACACCCCAGGGCUGAUCUCGUCCCCCAACCACAGGGACAGCCAGGCUUCUCCCCAGGACCUGGAAAACCUGCUGCCAAAAUAUAAUUUUCUUCCUUUUUUGUUUUUAACCAGAAAAAUAGUGAUUUGAGGAAACCAGA